UCUAUCAUAUCAAAUCUGUUUGAAUAACAGGGGGUUGGGUUUUAUUCUCCAAGCUUGAAAAUGGCAGGAUUGAAGACAAUAAUCAGCACCGCUAGCAUCUUGUUAGCAUCAUUAUUCUCCAUGAUCCCGUAUUCUGCAGCUUACAGGCCCGGUGACAUCGUCCCCAUGAGCAAAAUGGGCCAAUAUCACUCCUCAAGAACCGUUUGGCAUGAUAUGAUUGGUCGCCACUGCCCGAUCUUCGGUGUAAAUCGUGAGGUAUUGGUUCCUAUCUCUAAACCAACUGGUUACACUGGAGCUGAUCCUUACAAAAUUUCAUUUCAAGUUGGAAAAGAGAAGUAUUAUAUCCCAUGGCUGCUUGUAAUAAACCGUAAGAGCUCCGAGGUUCCAAUGAUCGAUGUGCAUUUGAGGUACUCAGCAAGUGAUUUUCUCGGUGUCACUGCUAAGGUUAUCGACAUGCCACAUCAUUAUGUGGAGCUUCAUCCUGAUAUUGGCAAGCAGUUUUGGGAUCCACAAACGUGGCCAAAAUAUGUGCUUGUUAGAUACACAUGGGAGGAACAAUCUGAAAUAGAUGUUGCUUCUGGAUUCUAUGUUCUCUUUGGAUCCGGGCUGCUCAUGUCAUUCGUUCUUUCUAUAUACAUUCUGCAGUCUUCUCGCGAUAAAAUAGAAAGGUUUGUUAGAGAGACGGUAGCGGAAAGUAGCAUGCCUGGGGGAGUUGCAAAAGUUGAAUGAUUGCCUACAAGUUUGAUCUUAUCCUUGGGCUAUUGAAAGUCAUCUUUAUACUUGUGCAAGUGAUUUAGUUAGAUCUAAGAACCUUUGUAAUCAAAACUAACCCAUGUAUUGUAUUUUUGUGUUGGGAAGUAAGCACAUAAAGUUUUUUUUUUAAAUGGAUGAUGACAAAACAGAUUAACACACCACAUGUGGGAAUUGUGUGUUAAAUUGACCUGUUUAGAGGUUUACAUUUC